UUGGUAUUGGUGGCUCUGACCUGGGUCCAGUCAUGGUUACUGAGGCCUUGAAGCACUAUGCCGGCCCAUUGAAGGUGCACUUUGUCUCAAACAUCGACGGUACUCACAUUGCUGAGGCUUUGAAGCUCUGCAACCCGGAAACUACCCUGUUCCUCAUUGCCUCAAAGACCUUCACCACGGCAGAGACCAUCACCAACGCCAACUCUGCAAAGGCUUGGUUCUUGGAGACCGCUAAGGACAAGGCCCACAUCGCAAAGCACUUUGCUGCCUUGUCUACAAACAAAGCCGAGGUUGAGAAGUUUGGUAUCGAUCCAAAGAACAUGUUUGGCUUUGAGAACUGGGUUGGUGGCCGUUACUCUGUCUGGAGUGCCAUCGGUACCUCUGUUGCCUUGUACAUUGGUUACGAUAACUUUGAAGCCUUCCUUAAAGGUGCAGAGGCUGUUGAUCAGCACUUUACCACAACUCCUCUGGAGGAUAACAUCCCUGUGAUUGGUGGUUUGCUCUCUGUGUGGUACAACAACUUCUACGACGCGCAAACCCACUUGGUUGCUCCAUUCGACCAAUACUUGCACAGAUUCCCAGCUUAUUUGCAGCAGUUGUCUAUGGAGUCCAACGGUAAGAGUGUUACCAGGGCCAACAAGUUCACUGACUACUCCACGGGCUCCAUCUUGUUUGGAGAGCCUGCUACCAACGCUCAGCACUCUUUCUUCCAAUUGGUGCACCAAGGUACCAAGCUCAUCCCAGCUGACUUCAUCCUUGCUGCUCAGUCUCACAACCCAAUUGAGAACAACUUGCACCAGAAGAUGCUCGCCUCCAACUACUUUGCUCAGGCAGAGGCCCUUCUCACUGGUAAGGACGAGGCUCAGGUCAAAGCUGAAGGUGCCACUGGCGGAUUGGUUCCUCACAAGAUCUUCUCUGGUAACAGACCAACAACCUCCAUCUUGGCACAAAAGAUCACCCCAGCUACGUUGGGUGCCUUGAUCGCCUACUACGAGCACGUCACCUUCACCGAGGGUGCGAUCUGGAACAUCAACUCCUUCGACCAAUGGGGUGUCGAGCUUGGUAAGGUGUUGGCCAAGGUGAUUGGUAAGGAGCUGGACAACACCACUCCAGUGGAGACUCACGAUCCAUCAACAAAGGGCUUGAUCAACCAGUUCAAGCAAUGGAUGUGAGGUGUGAUGCUUUGUUAGUUUAGCAAG